AUGGGCAUCCUGCAACUGCAACUGCAGAAAAUAGCAAGGCACUCUAGUUUUCUUUCCAAAAUGGGAGAGAUGGACGACCCAGAACUUUCACAGGAGAAUAAACCAAUUCGACAACAGGCAUCAAUUCCAUUCCUAUGGGAAGAAAAACCAGGAAAGCCCAAAAAAGACUGGAAACCUGCAGGGGUACGUCUUCCACCAGUUAAUCAAGUUCCUCCACCACCACCUCCACCGGUCAAGCUAGUCGCCUCAGUUCCCUUUAUAUGGGAGGAAAAGCCAGGAACACCACUGCUCUUUUUCCAGCAACCGCCUGCAAAACUCAGUAGCCCCCCUACGCCGCCGCCAUAUGAUGUUGAUGAUGAUGACGACGACUUGUUUGAUUUGGAUCUUGAAGCAUUCAAGUCACUUAGCUCCACGUGGCCUCUCCAAGCAAAUCAUCCUGCAUCAACCAUGGCGGUCUCCAGUGAUACACCACCCCAGAAGACAUCAAUUGCAGGAAACAACAAUGGGCACACAGAAACCCCUUCCACACCAGUUUCCGAGACAGGCACCAGUCCAAGCAACCCUGCAACUCUAACAAGCAGUCUUGCAGGGGCUUCCCUCUGGGAAUGCCUUUUUCCAUCGUUUCCACCAGAAGAACAGAACAGAGAUGAUGAUCCUGAUGUUAAUGGUCAUCCUAAUGUCGUAAGAAGAUCACCAACACUAGGAGAAUUGAUAAAGAUGAGCAGAAGAAGAAGUUACCACAGAAAAGUUAUCCAAAUGAUGGAAAAGGAAAUGUUAUCCUUGGUAAGCUACCAUAUCUCUUGCUUCCUUUUGGGUGUCAUAAUUAUCUACAUUUGCAUUUGGAUCUUGUACUACUGAAGAUUCAAUUAAUCAACAGCAAUUAACAUGUGCAACCAUAAAUGAUGUGCUUGAACAAUUAUUUAUUUUUUGCUUUUUAAAUGCAUUUGACAGCAAAAUGAAUGAUAGCAAAUAGCAUUCAUAUUUCUGAGCAUCUGGUAUUUUGCACAAGAGGAUACUUGAAAGGAACUUCUGCUGGUGCCAGAUUGCAACACUGGUAGGACGCCUCAUAGAGAGGAGCUUUAGGAACACACAGAGGAGAGCUUUUGGACUGCGCAUGUUUGGGAGCAGCAGCAACAGGAUUAGGAGACCACAAGGAAAAAGGAAGCUGCAGUUGAGGCUGGAACAAACCUAGAAGAGAAUUGCAUCUGCCUCAUUGUCAACCUGCAAUCAGUUCUUCACAACACCCUUUUUUUAU